AUGGACGCCACUGGUGAGUCUAAGUGUCUGCUAUUUGAUACCGUAGCUGAAGAUAUCAUUGGGGCAUCUGCUAAAACCAUACUUGGUGGAUCACUCCAGGAGAUUGAUAAUCCUGAUGAUAUUCCUGAUCAACUAAAGAACUUGGUUGGGAAAACUUUUCUUUUCCUUGUGGCCAUUGGGAAAGAAAACAUUUGGGGAGGAAAGGAUACUUAUAAAGUGUCUAAGGUUUUGCAAAAAGAUGGCCUCCUUGUGGAAGAGACUCCACAAGAAUCUACAGAAAUGAUGAAUCCUGCAACUAUUGUCUCUGGUGAUCAGCUGCUCAUCACCUACAGUCAAGAAACUACAGAAUCCAAUACCCCAUCCUCUAAGCGUGUCUAUGCUGCUAAUAAUGAUCCUGGUGAACAAACAUCCACUUCUAAGAAGGUUUGCAGCAAGAUUGUUGAUAAAGUUGAGAGCACUGAAGGCUUGACCAGUCUACAGACAAAAACUCUUGAUUUCGGAAAUGGUGAGGAGGGAAAAACACCCAAGAUGCAGCCUACUAAGGAAGAAACUAAGACAACUGAGAUUGUCGAGCAGAAUGUAAGCGUCCAAGCUGAGGUUAAGCCCGUUGUGAUCAAGAAGCCGCGACUCGUGAACGUUAAAGUUGAAAAGAAUCCCUAA